AAUCAUUUUUCCUGGAAUUGUGACGUGGUCUGUUCCUAGAUCCAUCAGUUCUCUUUAGUGUUUGCCAAUGUUGGAGGUGUAACUGGGGUCUGGCCCUGGACAAAGGUAUAGAGCAUGGCUCAAGUGAAAGUGCAGACCUCAACGCCCCUGGCUGGCCCUGGCUUCUCCCCCCUCGGGGCCAUGCCCAGUCCAGGACCCUUGGGUCUACAGCCCUCAGUCAAUGGCCCUGGACCCACCCCCGGCUGCCCUUCUCCCUCAGCCGGGUAUGGACCCACCCCCGGCUGCCCCGCUCCCUCAGCCGGGUAUGGACCCGACACCCCCGUGUCUGCCAACUCACCAGGCCCACCCCAGGAGAACAUGGCAAACCCUAAAGAGAAAACUCCUAUGUGUCUGGUGAAUGAGUUAGCCCGUUUCAACAGGAUCCAACCGCAGUACAGGCUGCUCAACGAGAGAGGCCCCGCACACGCUAAGAUCUUUACAGUGCAGCUGUGUCUUGGGGAGCAGGUGUGGGAGGCGGAGGGCACCAGCAUCAAGAAGGCCCAGCACUCCACCGCCUCUCUUGCCCUCACUGAGAGCCUUCUGCCCAGGCCCGCUCCUCGCUCUCCUACAGUGGACAUCAGCAGCAACCCAGGUAGUAUCACCCCUACGGUGGAGCUGAAUGGUCUGGCUAUGAAGAGAGGUGAGCCAGCCAUCUAUCGUCCGCUGGACCCCAAGCCCAUGCCCAACUACAGAGCCAACUACAACUUCAGAGGCAUGUGCAACCAAAGGUACCACUACUCAGUUCCAAAGAUCUUCUAUGUCCAGCUGUCUGUGGGCACUAAUGAGUUUAUUGGAGAGGGCCGGACUCGCCAGGCAGCCCGUCACAGCGCCGCCAUGAAGGCCCUGCAAGCCCUCCGCAAUGAACCCAUACCUGAACGACCACUUCAGAGCCCCGAGGAGCAGAAGGAGGUGGAUGAGGGGAGUGAUGCCUCUAAGUCAGAAAUCAGUCUGGUUUACGAGAUAGCCCUCAAGAGGAACCUGUCUGUCUGCUUCGAGGUAAGACACGUACCACUGUGGCUGUGUGUUAUUGUCCCUGUGCGUUUUUUCCACACCUUUCACUGUAAUGUGUGUUUAAUAUUUACUUCAUUUAUUCAACCUUCCCGUUGUCCUUCACUCCCCCUUCCGUACUCAUACGUUAUGAUGGGACUAAUCUGUUUCACCCAGGAGGAGAACACGAGUCUGAAUCGGUUUAGUCCAACCGUCUCGGAACGGGCCUUCCUCGUGGAGCUCCUGUCUGGGAUUUCCUCUCAGGUCUCGGAACGGGCCUUCCUCGUGGAGCUCCUGUCUGGGAUUUCCUCUCAGGUCUCGGAACGGGCCUUCCUCGUGGAGCUCCUGUCUGGGAUUUCCUCUCAGGUCUCGGAACGGGCCUUCCUCGUGGAGCUCCUGUCUGGGAUUUUCUCUCAGGUCUCGGGUGUCUCGGACAAACUUGACUCGACCCUAUCUGGCACCUGCCUGUCAGACCCGAGGAGGUUACGUCACCUGUCAGACCCAAGGAGGUUACGUCACCUGGCAGACCCAAGGAGACUAUGCCACCUGUCAGACCCAAGGUGGCUACGUCACCUGCCAGACCCGAGGAGGUUACGUCACCUGUCUGGCAGACCCAAGGAGGUUACGUCACCUGUCAGACCCGAGGAGGUUACGUCACCUGUCAGACCCGAGGAGGUUACGUCACCUGUCUGGCAGACCCAAGGAGGUUACGUCACCUGUCAGACCCAAGGAGGUUACGUCACCUGUCAGACCCAAGGAGGUUACGUCACCUGUCAGACCCGAGGAGGUUACGUCACCUGCCAGACCCAAGGAGGUUACGUCACCUGUCAGACCCGAGGAGGUUACGUCACCUGCCAGACCCGAGGAGGUUACGUCACCUGUCAGACCCAAGGAGGUUACGUCACCUGUCAGACCCGAGGAGGUUACGUCACCUGUCAGACCCAAGGAGGUUACGUCACCUGUCAGACCCGAGGAGGUUACGUCACCUGUCAGACCCAAGGAGGUUACGUCACCUGUCAGACCCGAGGAGGUUACGUCACCUGUCAGACCCAAGGAGGUUACGUCACCUGUCAGACCCGAGGAGAUUACGUCACCUGCCAGACCCAAGGUGGUUACGUCACCUGUCAGACCCAAGGAGGUUACAAACUCCCUUUCACCCCGUUAGUGGAGAAACCCAAACUACACUACAAGAAACGCCCCAAGACCAUCCUCAAGACAGGUCCUGAUUAUGGCCAGGGGAUGAAUCCCAUCAGUCGACUGGCUCAGAUACAACAGGCCAAGAAGGAGAAGGAACCGGAGUACCUCCUACUGUCUGAGAGAGGCAUGCCCCGACGCAGGGAGUUCAUCAUGCAGGUGAAGGUGUGUGGCGAGGUAGCCACGGGAACAGGGCCCAAUAAGAAGGUGGCGAAGCGGAAUGCUGCCGAGGCUAUGCUACUACAGCUGGGAUACAAGGCCUCCACCUGCCCACAGAGCCCUACUGAGAUGGACGACAAAGGCUGGAACGGACAAAAGACGGCUUUUAAUGAAACUCCAACAAACAGCCAGAAGGGUCUACUCCACCUCUCCCCGGACGUCUAUCAGGAGAUGGAGGCCAGCAGGAAACAGGGGACCCCGGUUAACUACCUGACCCCCAAACUAUCUGACCCCCUGGUCGUCCCCCUGUCCCCUGGACACACCCCCUACUACAGCCCCCCCGCAGUCGCCACGGCAGCCAUGGCGAGGGAGCUGUUGAUGAACGGGUCAGGAGAGGGGAGGUCUGGGGAGACCAUAGGCCUGAAGGGGAAGAGCUCUGUCCAGCCCUCACAGCAACUAGAGUACCUGGCUCGCAUACAAGGCUUCCAGGUGCUGUACAGCGAUGGUCAGAAUGGUAGAGAGUUCAUGACCUACCUGACACUCUCACCUGUACAGAUGACUUUCCACGGCAUCGGGAGCUCCAUCGAAGCCAGCCACGACCAGGCUGCUCUAAGUGCCUUGAAACAGCUGUCGGAGCAGGGACUGGACACGGUGGACUGCCCUAUCAAGAGCAGCGAGGUGUGUGUCAGAGAGGACGGACACUAAACAGACUAACUCAGGCACCACCCACCACUCAGGUCGCCAUGGAUACAACGGGCUGUCGUCAAGGGGAUGACCCCUGACUCUCCCCCGUCACCUAUGACCCCUAUUCCCCCACGACCGCCGCUGCAUCCUGGCAACAACCUGGAACAACAUGCAAUGGAGUGUGUGGAUGUGUACCGAGAGAAGAAAAAAAUGAAAUAACCGACUAACUAGAAAAAGAUGGGGAAAAACCGAUGAGUCUCUAUGUGAAGACAACACUAUCCUAACACAUUACAUGUAUUGAUCAUUUACAAGGAAUUUAAAUUUAAAAAAAUAAAUGCAAAUAUAUAAAAAAAAAAAACUAGAUUGAGUAUAAACAUCUAGAUUUCCCUGUUGGAUAGAUGUGUAAUGAAAUGGGUCAAACCCCAAUAAAGUUGGAUAGAUGUGUAAUGAUAUGGGUCAAAACCCAAUAUGUAUAUCAUGCCAUGAAGACAGAGGCAACAUUAUAGGGGGGGGGGGACAAAGUUGUGUAGCUUAUUUUCCCAGGGGUAAUUCUGUUUAUUUUCUAGUUUAUUCAUCUAACAAUGCUUGAGUACUGGCUGUAUUAUAAAAUUAGUCAAUAGCAGUGCUGUGAAAGUUGUAGCUGUUGUCUUCUCAUACAGUAUAUUCACCCAGCUUAUCUUUCAUGCUGAUAUUAAUAAUUAAAAAAAACACAAAAAAAUAUAUAUAUUACUUAAUCAUCUAUCUAUAUGGAUGUGAAUGACUUGCAGAAAUAUCAUAUGCACAGAAAAAGGUUUCUUCAUGUGGACAAAAAAGGCCAUCCUGCCUGGUGUUUAGCAUUAAUCAAUAGAGCUAGCAGGCAGGGUGAGGUUCUAUUCAAUUGGACGUCAGUCAAUUCAAGAAGGAAUUUGAAGUUAAAACAAACAACAACAAAGAAGCAAAUUUUUUUAACAUUUAUAAAUAGCUUAUUUUAAAUUAAAUUGAGAAAUCAAUGAAAAUGGAUGCCAUUUUGUUCAAUAAUUGAAUUGCAAUUUCAGUUUAUUUCCUGAAUUGACUGACCUCAAUUGGAAUUGAGCCCAACUCUGCUAUCAGGUGACUGUGAUGUGGUUAGGGGGAAGCAGCAGAUUGGGCCAACCUCUCCUCUGGGUCCUGCAGGGGGAAGCAGCAGAUUGGGCCAACCUCUCCUCUGGGUCCUGCAGGGGGAAGCAGCAGAUUGGGCCAACCUCUCCUCUGGGUCCUGCAGGGGGAAGCAGCAGGUUGGGCCAACCUCUCCUCUGGGUCCUGCAGGGGGAAGCAGCAGGUUGGGCCAACCUCUCCUCUGGGUCCUGCAGGGGGAAGCAGCAGGUUGGGCCAACCUCUCCUCUGGGUCCUGCAGGGGGAAGCAGCAGGUUGGGCCUACCUCUCCUCUGGGUCCUGCAGAGGGAAGCAGCAGAUUGGGCCAACCUCUCCUCUGGGUCCUGCAGGGGGAAGCAGCAGGUUGGGCCAACCUCUCCUCUGGGUCCUGCAGGGGGAAGCAGCAGGUUGGGCCAACCUCUCCUCUGGGUCCUGCAGAGGGAUAUACUAUGAAGCAGGAUCAAUGAUAUAUAUAUAUAUAUAUAUAUGAGUUGUUGGUUGUUGAAGCAAUCAAUACCAAUUAAGAAUGUUUCUGCAAGUUAGCUGGAAAACUCCUUGAUCCUAAUUUGUAGUAUACCCCCUUGGUCUGCCUGCCCUCGUGUAAGGGCACUUCACCACAGACAGCGUCACUAGAAUGGGUUCUUCUCACCAGAGAGGUAGAGGAGAGUUUGGCAGCCAUGUUGGUAAGGACCUAAAAUCAUAACACCCCACCCCUGUAAAGUGUGUAAUGUAACAAGCCCCCAUUGCCUACCAUAGAGGCUGCCUACCGUUCUAGAAUGCAUAGUAGCAGAGUAUUCUGGAAUGGACAAGGUGUUCUAGAAUACACCUAAUGGGUUCUAGAAUGGACACCGUGUUGUUGAUGAUAACGAUGACAUGGCAUUUAGUGACUAACAGUCUCUGAUAGACCAGUGAUUCUAUGUUUGUGGAUUUUUUCACCCUUCUCUUCCCUACACAGGUAAGUCGAUUACAUCUACACCCAUUGUGUGUGUUGUAUUGACCCGGCCACCAUGGCAUCAACUGGGUGCUUUUAAUCUCUGCAUUCUGAACCCUAUGAGCAAAAGACGUUGAAAAGAAACUGAAAAGAAAUUGAAAAGAUGUAUAAAAGAUGCUUAAAAACAUAUUUUAUAUUGACAAGAUGUCUUUUCGGACAUCGUGUGCUCACUGGGAAUCAUCUCUGAAGUGGCGAAACCAUCCAGCCAUUAAUUAGCAGGGUUUCACCCAUUCAGAGAUCACUUGAAUCUAGGGUUGCGAAAUUCCGGUAACUCCCAAAAUUACCCCGUUUCCCAGAAAUCCUGGUUGUGAGACCAGGAAUCGUCCAACCAGGAUUUCUGGAAAACCCUGGGGUUUUUUGGGUGAAAAUUAUCAUAAUUUUGCAACUCUACUUGGAUCACUUGUUCACUGACAUGGAGGAUGUGGGAGGAGCAACGUGUUAUAAUAAGGAAACAGUGUCUCUUCCUGAAAUGCAGUAAAGUCACCUCGGUUCAUGUUGACAAA